AGUGUGCCGCUGGCCGCCGACCGAGCGAGACGUGCGGCCGCAGUUUUCUAAAAAAGGAAAAAUUCUGUCGCGCGCUCCCUUUUAUUCCCCAAUGAACUGUGAUAUUCGACCCUAGUGAUGGAUUAAGUGGCUUGUAAGUGUUGCAAGUGUUAUUUGCUGUGCUCCUGGCCCUCGUCCGCGCUUGUUCUAAACGGCAACACUAUGGAGUCGACACAAACAGUGUCGGCCCACUGGCUGUCCGCUCUUGUCUUCCUCUGCUCCUUCUUGUCGACACACUCGCUCAAUAAUAAGAUACACGAGUACAUGUCACCAGACGAGCUCCGAAACGUGUUCCACGUCGAGCACCACAGCUUAGUCCCCGACUACCACUUAGUCCAGCUAACACACCACCUCUCUAGGCGGAACAUCGCCACAUCACACCCCACCAACAGCCACUCUUUAAACCCUUCAAAAAUCCCACACGAGAAAACCCAAAAGGAAAAAACAAAAUGGAAGACGGAAACCAGCCCGCCAUCUUUACUCAAUGAUGAAAUGUUCGUUAAAGCGAAAGAGUUCAUCAAAGACGUAGACAUAAUUGGUGAUCUGAAUAACACAGUGAGUGUUGAUUUUGGUGUAACGAAUUCUAGUGAAGUUAGUGAUAGUGAAAGUGCUAGUGACGAGGAGCAUGUGGUUGAUGGACAGGAACUGGAUGUGCACAGAAUAGACCUGGAGGCGUUUGGGAAGCAGAUGAAUCUGGUGCUGAAGAGACAGGAGGGGCUGGUGAAGAAGGAUGGAGUGAAGAUGUGGAGGGCGUUGAAUAAUGUGACGCAGCCGCAUGGAGUAGACUAUGAGGAGAUGACUACGGAAGACGAGGAGCUAGGGGAGCUGUACCAGGACGAGCAGAAUGGAGCAGCACUUCUCAUCAGGAGGCACCCGAAACAUGGCAAAAUCGUUGUGGAAGGCUCGAUCGGUCACGACCUGGUGAUCCGUCCGAUCCCGGACUCGAUGACUGCGCAAGCGCAAGACGACGAGAUGUUCAUGGACCCCUCCGCCAUGGGAGACAUGGUCUCCAUAGACACUGGCCUGCCUCUCGUGAAAAGGAAAGCAGAUGAGCAGGACAGACUGAGGCGAGCGUUGAAUGGAGCACAGCAUGUCAUCAUCAAACGAGAUCCGGCGCAGGGAGACCACCUGGGUGACUAUGCCUUCAUGGAGCCAGAUCAUCUGGGCAAGAGGUUUAGACGGAAACGUUCAGCUGAGCACAGUCGGGUGAGGAGAGACGCGCCAUACGUCAUAUACCCUGAAAUCUUGGUCAUAGUGGACUACGAUGGCUACAGAUUACACGGCGGAGACAACGUGCAAAUCAAACGAUACUUCGUCUCCUUCUGGAACGGGGUCGACCUCCGGUACAAACUGCUCAAAGGGCCAAGAAUACGGAUAUCCAUCGCGGGGAUUAUAAUAUCUAGGGGUCGGGAUGCAACGCCAUACCUUGAGAGGAACAGGGUGGGCCGCGACGCAAUCGACUCGGCAGCAGCGCUCACUGACAUGGGCAAGUAUCUGUUCAGAGAACGGAGGCUGCCCGUCUACGACAUCGCUGUGGCUAUCACCAAACUAGACAUGUGCAGGAGGCAAUAUGCAAACGAUGCGUGCAAUAGAGGGACUGCAGGUUUCGCAUAUGUCGGCGGCGCGUGUGUGGUGAACAAGCGAUUAGAGAAAGUUAACUCUGUUGCAAUAAUUGAGGAUACUGGUGGCUUCUCCGGCAUCAUAGUGGCCGCGCAUGAAGUCGGUCAUUUACUUGGCGCUGUCCACGACGGCAGUCCCCCGCCUUCCUACCUCGGCGGCCCGGGCGCUGAGAAGUGCAGAUGGGAGGACGGCUUCAUUAUGUCAGACCUAAGACACACGGAAAAAGGCUUCAGGUGGUCGCCAUGCAGCGUCCAAAGUUUCCAUCACUUCUUGAACGGAGACACAGCAACGUGCCUGUACAACUCUCCACAUGAGGAUGACUCCUUACCACGGGUGUUGCCUGGUAGAUUACUUACAUUAGACGCGCAGUGCCGCAAAGACAGAGGGACGAGCGCGUGUUUCAAAGACGAGCGCGUGUGCGCUCAGUUGUUCUGCUUCGAUGCGGCGAGCGGGUACUGCGUCGCGUACCGCCCGGCGGCGGAGGGGUCGCCAUGUGGAGAUGGACAGUACUGUAUCAACGGUCGGUGUAUAACGGAACACGAGAACAUAAUACCUGACUAUUCUCAACACACGCCGAGCUACGUUCGUCCAGAGACGAGCCCUUUCUUCCAGAAUAUUACCAGUUACGAAGCAACUACACAGCCAUACCAACCGAACUACUUUUAUAACCAAAAGCAGACCACUAGCAGUACAACGACAACAACAACAACUACAACAACGCAGAACUACUACAGCACAACAAGAUCACCAUUCAAAUUCCACUACUCGCUACCAAGCUAUACAUUCCCACCUUCAAUAAACAAAUACUCAGUUUCAACAACGAGGAGCCCAUACGAUUUCCAAGACUUCACAACACGAAACUACGAUAAAGGAUACUACAAUAAAAAUACAUAUUCGAAUUUCUUCUCGAGUGGGACUACGAAAAAUCCAUAUCAGAAAGUGCAACCGAUCUUCAAAAUAGGGACGUAUUACUCGCAGCCGAACGCGAUAAGACCUGAUGCAAAUUCACAGCAGCAAGUAGAAGUAGAGCCAGCGAGAUUGGUGUUCUCGUAUCAAAGGAAUUUGACUACAGGGGAAAUACAACAGUAGAAUAAUUUAUUGCAGCCGCCAUUAAUAUAAGAAGCGGACUAAGGACAAGACUGCCACGCCGGGAGUAGGCCGCGAAGGCCCGCCGAGGACCGUAGUCCCCCGGCCUCCAAUUGAGUGAAACGCACGUCCCGUAGGAACUAGGUUAUAAUCGUGUUACACUUGGCUGUCGCACAGCCGUGCUUCUGUUGUAAUACGCGCAUACUCAACGCCGAUUCUAAUUUAAUGCAAACAAAGUACAUACAUUAUCUCAAUUUAUUAUUCCCAUGAUCCUGUAUCGAUAAUUAAUUUUGCAUAAGCCAAUAUUAGUUUUCCUUUCCUGAUUUAAUAACAAUUUGAAUCGCAAUCGACUUGCGUAAUACAAUGGAAAGUCGCCUUUAUGUUCCAGAUAAUAAUAGCGUUUAGAAUAAUUUCAAAGAAUGUUGUAAAUAUUUUUUAUUAGCCAAUCAAUUGGCCUCUUUAUUAUUAAGUUUCAUGAAUAAUUAAUAUUAAUUACAUUAAGGCGACUUACAAUGCGUUAACGAGUAAUAUCAGAAUAACACGUUUCGUUUACAACAAAACGUGUAGAUACAUUAUGCAACGAAUAGCAACGAAACAUUUUUUUCAUAAGAGAAUAUGAUAUCAUGCAAUAUACUGCAUAAUAGUGAUGCAUAAUAGACUGGUAAUACUUUUUAGUAAUAAAAAAAAAUAAAAGCAAGCAGAUAUAGACUUUGCUUGUUUUUAUUUUCCAUUUUUAUAGCAAUAAAAUACGGGAUUGUGCGAUGUGUGUAUAGUGUCUGAAGACAUACAGAUAUUAGUGCGUGAUAUUACAUGUGAUUGUGUUAUUAUAGUGAACUAUGUGUAAGUAAAAUGGCCGACCGAGUGAUGGAAACUGCGACGGUUUUGGAAUCAUUAGAAAUACUCCUUAGCCUAUUUACGUAAAAAAAAUAUAGCGUUCGAACUUCGAAUCACGAAACUGCCACUACGUGCCUAAACGUUAAAAUAGGUUUUUUAAAGAUUUUUUUUCGUAUAGUGCGACUGGCUCGCAAACUUCUGAACAAUAUACCUAGUAUCCUUUAAUUUUAAGUUAUUUUACACUAUUUUUGUGAAUCCUGAUUUUUCUUACGAGAACAAACGUAUCUUGUUUUAAUUUAAGUCUGUUUUUAAUUUCUAAAAUUAUUUAUGUGACAUAGUUCUUUAAACAUAAAGUUACCAUCAAUAGAAUAAAACAAAAAUGGUAUAUUUUCUUUAUCCUCUUUUUAUAAAAAUACAACGAAUAUUUUUAACUGUACACAACUUGCCUUUAACUAUUUAUUAUGUACCCUAUUUAAGUAUGUAUGAAUUGUUGCAUCACAAAUUUUCUAAAUUUUAAGAAAAACAUAGAAAAUAACCAAUGA